AGCAUCUAGGCGCCCUGUAAUUUUGCAAACCAGUUCCACGGAUCUGCAGGACUCAUUCGCAGCAAUCCUUUACAGCUGAAUCGGACUCUGGAAUGAGAACUUUAACUUGACUUUGAUUGUUAAUUUUAUUUUUUAUUUUUCAUUAUCAAUAUUAUUUUUUAUUAAUUUUACAAUCUGAUUCGCAGAUUAUUUGUUGUUUGCUAUGGGAAUACAUUAGAAUCGCGCUUUUAUUUUUUUUUAACUACUCUUGGAGAACCCAUGCAGUUGGAUUGAUAACCUACCUCCUUGCUUGGCGAUUCCCGAGCAAACCGCGGAUUAUUGUGUGCAUAUUUCCGUUCGGGGAAGGGACAUCGGCAGCGGUGUUGGUCGUCCUGAUCCAAGGAAUGUACCCCAUUCACAUCGGAUCACUAAAGAGUAUUAGCGCGGUGUCAUCUGAAUGAAAGACUGUCGUGCGGCUCAGUUUUCCCCUCUCUUGCAUUCGGGAGGAGAUCGGGAGCUGUCCGGGUGCGUGGGAGAAUUACGCGCUCGCUAAACGCGGCCGCUUGUCUAGCGUCGUGGGACUGACUCAGUCUUUUCGUGGGGAUCUUUAUUUUUUUCCCUCUGGAGCAGGAUUACAGAGUUUGGUUGUGUGUCACAGUCACUCUCGUUCAUUUCCCCCAUUAUUAUUACAAUCUCAGAUUGUGAUCUGCCGUGAUGAAUGCAAUAAUGGGGGACUCGAUGUGGAGAUACUAUUUCGGAGUUUUGGUCAUUGCGUGCAAGGUGAACCUGUCCCGUGCGACGAUUUUAGAGUCCAUCUACUGGAACACAACAAAUACCAAAUUUGUCCCAGGCCAGGGUCUGGUCCUGUACCCCCAGAUCGGGGAUAAGAUGGACAUUGUGUGCCCGCGGGUGGACGGCGGGGUGGGCGAGGGGGUGGAGUAUUACAAGCUGUACAUGGUCCAGCGGGCGCAGCUGGAGAGCUGCACCAUCACCAAAGCGGACACACCCCUGCUGAACUGCGUCAAGCCCGACCAGGACGUCAAGUUCACGCUCAAGUUCCAGGAAUUCAGCCCUAACCUGUGGGGCCUGGAGUUUUUGAAGGGUCGGGACUACUACAUCAUCUCUACAUCUAAUGGCACCAUGGAGGGGUUGGAGAACCAUGAAGGGGGCGUGUGCAAGACCAAAUCCAUGAAGAUCGUCAUGAAAGUGGGGCAGAGUCCGUCCGAUCCAGUUUCAUCCAAAGAUUACCCGACCAGGUACCCCCCGAAGCACCCGGACGGAGGAGGAAAGGACCACGGCAGUAAAGAGAAUGAUGUGGUGGAUAAGCACGACGCCUCGCAGAGAGAGGGCGAGACUGACAGCAAGGGCGGCAAGCCGUCCAGCAUAAUCGGCUCGGAGGUGGCGCUCUUCGCCGGCAUCGCCUCAGGCAGCGUGAUCUUCAUCAUCAUCAUCAUCAUGCUGGUGCUGCUGCUGCUCAAGUACCGGCGGCGGCACCGCAAGCACUCGCCCCAGCACUCCGCCACGCUCUCGCUGAGCACGCUGGCCACGCCCAAGCGCGGCAGCGGCGGCAAUAACAACGGCUCCGAGCCCAGCGACAUCAUCAUCCCGCUCAGGACUGCCGACAGCGUCUUCUGCCCGCACUACGAGAAGGUCAGCGGGGACUACGGCCACCCCGUCUAUAUAGUCCAGGAGAUGCCCCCACAAAGCCCCGCCAACAUCUACUACAAGGUCUGAACUCCAACUGGUGUGAAUUCGCUGGUCACUGAUGCCCUUGUAUUAUUAUUAUUCUUAUUGUUAUUAUUAUUAUUAUGGCUAAUGUUACAUCUAUAGUUACGAUGAUUCUGGAGAACUCCUGGUAAGCUGCUGUCUGGGGUUGCCCCCCCCAGUGCCUCCUUGUUUGUGCACUAUGGCUGAGGGUGGGGAGUGCGGAGCCUGGGGAAAAGGAGGGAAGAAGAAAGAGCAGCAAUGAAGGGGUGGUGACCUCCCCACCUCAACCUGGGUUCCUCCUAAGAAAGUGACUCUAAGCCUGACUCAGAGAAAAGGAGAGGGAGGUGAAAUGAGAGGACUGGCUGGACGUUGGCUCAUUUCAGCGUUCGUUUCUCCCCGUCGCCAGAGACGUUGUGGGGAUUCAAAGCAAGAGCUGUGCAUGGACGAUCACGCAGGGCUCCCGACACGUCCCGUCUAACCCACGGACGACGUUCGCUCAUGAACAGUUUUGACAUUUCUUAAUUGCUUCUCCGCUUUAAGUCCCAUUUUUUCCUCAUCGCCCACCAUCUGUUUUUAGUGUAAUUUUCUCACUAUUGUCACUUGAAGGCUAAAAAAAUCGUAUUGUUUGAUUAUAGGUUUUAAUGUUUCUCUUUCUCAUUUCAGUGUUGUUCUCUCGCAAAAUUGCUCUUGAACCUUGAAAUUGUCUCAGAUCUGUCCUGCUUGUGUUUUUUGCGCUGGCCAUACAUUACAUAGACACAGAAAUGAUUUAACACACAGUGGCCACAGGGUAGAAAUGCAGAGAUGGGGGGAAGGGGAGGUGAGGGGGAGGAUGAAGGAUUUGUACGUUAGUCAACUGGACAAGAUGGGGAGCGUGUCUGAUGUCUGUCUGUCUCUGAGUGAAGACUCACCGCCUGCUCUGGUGUCAGGCUGCCGGUGGCAGGGGGGAGGGGCAGCAGAAGAUGAGUGCAGCACUUUUUAAAGCGCCACCGCAUCCAUGCAGCAGCAGCAGGGGUGGUGGUGCUGCUUUAAAACAGCCAAUCAGAGCCUCUCCAGCUCUUUUUUUAGUUGAGCUAUGAAUAGUGUCUAGUUACCUUUGUUGUUCGCCCCCUGUAGGGUGGAGGACUCAACUACAAGAGAAUAGGACUGGCUUCAAGUUGGCUCUGGGAUAGAGGGAGAGUCGAUGAGUUUAAGGUACAGGCAAUAAGAAUAAAACCUUGCCUUACUGCCGUUUAACUGAAUAGAUUUAAAAAGAACCCUAGUCUAGCUCAGCAAAGCCCUUGGCACCAAGCUGUCUGUCUGUGGACAGAGCCAAACUCUGCCGAAGGGCCACCACAGGGUCAUUACUGGGUCACUGCUGGGUCACCAGAAGAAGUCUGGUGCUUUCCCCAACGCAAAGCACAUAACAUCAGCCACUAACUCACUCUUUCCAUUUCAUUUUAGUGUUUUUAUCUCUUCGCUUUUCUUUGCAGAUAGAUGUACCAUUUAAAGGGGAGAUGUAAACAGACAUGAGAAAAUAAAAAAAAGAAUUUAUUUAUGAUAGAUGCAUGGAGCACAGGUGAUAUUUUGGAGGAUAUGAAAAGUUAGUACUGUUUUAUGGUAAAUGCACAUUAUGCAAGCUAGGUUUUUAUGAUUAUCAUCAUUUUUAAUUCCCUUUUGUACUUUUUUCCCAGACAAAUGUCUAAGCUGCCUUUUUAAAAACAAAGGCCUGGAGAAGGGGAAGGAAGGGUCAGCUUGGACUGAUUCCCUUGGGGGAAAAAUAUCUCCGAUUGAUAAUGGCUAAAAUCAGUAUACAUGCACAAGAAUGAGUUUGUCUCGGUGGUACAGUACUCUGGACUGUGCAGAGUAAGAAGCUGUGAUGCGUCAGACAGGUCUAGCCCAGUGUUUCCACAGCAUAUCCCACACUGCUGCACUGUAGCAUAUCCCACAGGAUGAUGGGAAAAUUCCCAUGUUCCCUUUCUUUAGACUUUUUUUUUGUGUGUGUGUACAUAAGUGUGUGUGUAUGAGUACCACCUAAAGUCAAACAGUAAAGUAAACGGCUAUUUUUGUAUGAUCAAUGCAAAUUUCCUUUUUAUUCUACACUUUUACAUGUUACGACACUUGUAACUGCCUGAGGUGAAUAUGUCAAAAGACAAAAACAGGAACGACAGAAAACCAGAGGGUAUGAGGAAUGGUGGUGGCUUUCACCUAGUUAGUCCAGUAAUUUGCAUUUUUUUCACUCCUUCAUUGAGAACAUGACUCCUACCACAAAAUCAAGCCUUGUGUGACCUGAGCCUGUGGCUCUGCAAGGAGCUACAGUCUGCAAAUAUGCAAUUUUUAUCCAUGUUUUAAUUUUUUAACAGUAAGAAAAAAACACCCAUAAAAAGUGUUCUUAUGGUAAUAAUGGCAAAGUACGUCACGUGAACCUGCUGUUAGUUAAUUAUUUUACUUUUGAUUUGUGUUAUUUUUUUGUAAACCGGAUCCUUCAGUAAUGUUUUUGACUCUGUGCCGUAGUUAUGAAGUAAACUGUGAAAAAAAAAAAAUAAGGCAACAUGCAUCUGGUAGGUUACUUAAGGAAAGCAUAAACAGAAAACAAAAAAAACAAUUGUUUUAGUUCCUGUCCGACUUGGGCAGAAUAUGACAAUCUUAUUAGUUUCUUUGAAUCUGAAGACCUUACCCAGCAAGCACAUAACAUUCUAAUAACAUUGCUGUGACGUUAUAUCAACUUGAUAGAAAUGCUGCAACGUUACAGCAAUGUUGUAACAACGUUGAACGUUAGCUGGGCUUUGCGUCUUUAGGCUACUGUAAAAUGCCUUGCUCUUAUGGUCAGCCCUGGUCACUUGACUCUGAAAUUUGCACCGUACAGCUGUAGUUAAGAUAUUGUAAAUACGUUAACGUUUGUAUUGUAUAUUGAACCUGGGUUGUUACAAUAGCCUUAUUCACCUUUUAAAAAAAGUCAACAUAGAAAAAGUGAGAAAAAAAAAACAAAAUACACAACAGUAAAACUAUGUACUUUUUGGUUACCAACUUGUGUAAAUAUUGAAAAGAAACCUGACAAAAGUUUUUUUAUAAACUCUUAAGUAAGAUGUUUUGUAUAAAUUUUGAAUUUUUUGCAAUGUAUUUUAGCUAGAGCUCGUCAGAAAGCCUGUAUCCUCCCAUCCCCCCCCUUUUGCACUGUUUCAUGGAAAUUUGGUUAAAAAAGAAAGGAAAAAAAAAUCUUGCCAAACCGACUGCUGCAUAUUUGUGCCAUAGGUGUGUACCAUAAAUAUUUAUUUAAUUUGUUUCUUUUAUUUUGUUUAAUUUUUGUCCAGUUUGUAAGUAACAGUAUUAUGAUUGAGUUGUACGUUUGUCUCCCUGUUUUCUUUAGUCUGUUCCGGGUUCUAGGUGGCUUUAGUCCUGCCCUGCAGCUGACAUGGCCAGGCUGUGAAUAAUGACACACAUUCCACCUGUCUAUUA